AAAUAGCAAAAAACAAACAAACAAACACAAAAAACCAUCAAGACGUCAGUGAGACGUUCAUUGAGAUGAGUGCAUGUAGCAAAGUUUUUUUAAUGAGCCCAUCGGAACUUGACAGAACACUGUUUCGAAAGCAGUAUGUCAAAACACUCGAGACGUGUGUCGACACUGGGUGUCAAACUACCCAUCCCUAAUGUAAACAUCAGUAAAAUUCACUGAAGGCUUUUGGACUAUGGGCACGGGUUUCGACAGAAUCGCUCUGUUUUGUGUUUUUCUUCUUAAUGGGACUUUGCGUUCAGCUCGAGCAGGCUCAACAGGAUGUUUCAGCAGCCUUAAAUUACUUUAUCAAAAGAAUAACAUCUUUCGAGAAACACUCGCUGUAUUACAUUUACACGGGCUUGUCUAAACCUGUGAAUCUGCCGGGCAUCUAUGAAUUCACUGCUGUGGGUCUGCUGGACGACACACAGAUCGACUAUUACAAUAGUGAAGAAAGGAGGAUGAUUCCCACACAGUCCUGGAUGAAAGAGAAACUGCCGGAGGAUUACUGGGAAAAAAGCACUCAGUCCAGAGAGAGUAAAGAACAGUGGUUUAAUGUGAACGUCCCCAUUAUGAUGGACCGAAUGAGACACAAUAAAUCAGAUCUUCAUGUUCUUCAGUGGAGAGUUGGUUGUGAAGUUGAGCAGCAGGGAGAUGAAGUGAAGUUUCUCAAAGGCAUUGAUGAGUUCAGUUAUGAUGGAGAGGACUUCUUGUCUUUUGAUGAUAAAGAGGCUCAAUGGGUCGCUCCAGUUGAUGCAGCUCUACCAGCCAAGAGAAAAUGGGACAAUGUGCCGAUCCUAAACCAAUACACCAAAGGAUACCUGGAGAAAGAGUGUGUGGACUGGCUCAACAAAUUCAGAGAAUAUGGAGACGAGAAGCUCAGAAAAACCUCUCCUCCAGAUGUUCAUAUGUUUGCAAAAAGGUAUAUCAAGUACAAAACCAGGCUGAAACUCACCUGCAUGGCAACUGGCUUCUACCACAAAGACCUGAAGAUGACCAUUAGGAAAUAUAACACAUCUCUGCCUGAACAUGAGACCAAAUCCACAGGAAUCAGACCAAACCAUGAUGGAUCUUUCCAGAUGAGGAACAAUCUGGAGAUCAAGGAGGGGGAUGAAAGAGCAGUAUAUUAUUGUUUGGUGUCCCACAGAUCCUUCAAAGAACCAAUUAUCAACAUAUGGGAUGGAAAAUGCUGGGACUGCCUGCCAGAGACUCCCACUGGAGCAGUGAUUGGAGCAGGGAUUGGAGCAGUGAUUGGAGCAGGGAUUGGAGCAGGGAUUGGAGCAGUGAUUGGAGCAGGGAUUGAAGCAGUGAUUGAAGCAGUGAUUGGAGCAGGGCUUGGAGCAGGGAUUGGAGCAGGGAUUGGAGCAGGGAUUGGAGUUGUGCUUGUGCUGGCAUUUUUUGGUUUAGUGGUUUUCAAAAGGAUUAAUGGUCCAGAAAGCAGAAAGAGAAUAUCAAACAUCAAUGUGAGUAGCUCUCGGGAGGAUCUUAACUCACUGGUAAUUAUAUUCAGACAGAUCCCUGCAGAGAAGAUGGUAUCUGUUCCAGAGCAGCUUCUGCAAAUCCUGGAUGAUUUGGACAGUUACAAUCUAAAGAGGUUCAAGUGGUAUUUGAAACAACGUGGGUUAGUUUCAGCCUCUCUCCUUGAGAAUGCAGAUAACAUUGACAUAGUGGAUCAGAUGGUGAAUAGUUUUGAACAAAACGGAGCUUUGGAGCACACAGUGGACAUCCUGAAGAUGAUGAAUCAAAACCAGCUUGCUGAAAAGUUAACUAAAAACUACAAGGUAUUGAAAUGAAAAAUAUAUAUUUAAAUAGUGAUGAAGUUUUAAUAUAAUAUAGUUGUAUACAUUUUUGUAUGACAGAGACAGAGAUUUUAUUGAACCCAAGCUUUUGUUAUAUGGUCUCUUGUUUCCUGUUUUGUCCUGAUUUUCCCUAAUGUUUCUUAAGAUAUACUCUACUAUAAAUUGAUGUAUUCCAAGUA